AUUAUCACAAAAAAAUAAACUCAACUCGUCUUUAUACGACAACAACUGAUCUAUAACACUUUUCCAUCCCAUCCUAUCCUUCCUUUCACAUUUUAACACUCAUAUACAAAGACACAUUCAAAAAUGAGCUCAGCCUGGUUUGACGUUAGAUGCAAUUCAUCCAGCUCCAGUAGCUUUGCCUCUAGACUUGGCAUACGAGACACUGACACCGAACAGAAUACCAGGACAUUAAAACAGCCUUCAAUAGAACAGUUGGUUGAUAAAGCACAAAGCAAUGCUGGUCUGUUGUAUGAAAUGAUCACAGCCAUAAACGAACAGAGUGAGACUCUUUCCACCUUUGAACAAAACGAUCUUAUUCAGACUUUAUAUCGCGAGUGCCAAGAAAUGACAAAUAACCUUAAUGAGCGUAUCUGGGAAAGCUCUGGCUCAAGUUCCAUUGGACUAUCUCAGUCUUCUGAAUCCAAUGUGAACGAUGAGGCACAAACUGUAUUAUUAAUUUCAUGCCUUGAACAGGUUCAAACUUCACUACGCCGAUAUCAAGAAUGCAAGGAUUUUUUGAGCGCUAAAGCGAUGCAAGAGGAAGAAAAUGCACUUGAACAGGCCUAUGUGUCAACCCAGCCCAUCGACCACAUUCAAGUUCAUGGACGUCAUAUUGACAACAGCAGCACUUUUGCUGCUGCUGCUGCUGCACUAGAUAAUCACAAAGCCAGUGAUGACUAUUAUGAUCAUGGCUAUGUCCGUGACAAAGAGGAUUACGAUCAAGGCUAUACCAUGGAUCAAUCAUUCCUAUCUCACUUUCGCGAAUCAGACGAACCCUAUGCUUCAUGGCAUUUGGAUCCUCGAAAGGAUUUCAAGGCUAACCAGUCAAAGCUGAAGACUGGGAUUAGUAUGGAGCAAAUACGACAGCUUUGCAAUGAGCGAAAGAUGAAGAGAUGGGUAGAAAAGAAUCCUCAAAACAGUGUUCAUGGAAUCAAAGAAGAUCCACUGAAGCUUAGGCCUGAAAUGUUGACAUUGGAUGAUGCUACCCAGGAAGACGACCUUUUGGAAGGAGCUGCGACUGAGGAGCCAAAGGAAGCUGAAGACCAUGCAGAAGAAUCAAGCGCUCGGCUGAAAGUAGAAGAAUCAAAACCAACCACUUCAUUGGAACUAAAAGAGUCAAAGUCAAGCUCUCCAAUGGGAGUAGAAGAGAAUGGAGGACAAAAAGAGAACUUUGAGUGCAUUCAGACCAGUGGAGAUAAGGGUAAUGAUGAUAUUGGGAACGAAGAAGAAGGUGGUAAAGCUGUGCAGGUGAAGAAGGAUGAACAAGACGAGAAGGUAUCAGCUAAGGCUGAAAAGGAUGACGACAAGGACGACAACGACGACAAGGAUGCUUUAUCUGAUGAAUCAUGGGAAGAAAUCCCUGAGCAUGGCAUUGCGAAUCUGCUGGUUGAGGAUGAGAACGGACUGGAAUAAGCGAGAUGCAGCGUGGAACAAAAUUUGUCAUUGUCGCUGUUGUCGUCUCUGUCCUUAUCAUCCUGAAAUACCAAGCCAAAUACUAUACUGCUAUACUUUUGCUCUAUCACUAUUGACCAACGAUUGUUAAGAGUUGUAAAAUAAACAGAGAUGGCCGCAGCGGCAUAAAUGGCGAUGUGACUCGUG